UCUGCUUUUAUUGUUUCGUUUAUGUCCAGUUCUGAUGAUGAAGAUGUGAUGGAGGAGCAUCAGAAAAUCAGCAGGAUGGUGGGAGAAUCACUGCAGGCUGCAGAUCAGGAGCAACUAGAGCCGACAGGCAGGAAGAAACCGCAGCUGGUCAGGUCAAAAACUUUAGACAACUCCAUGCUGACUCAGGUCCAGAUCGACCCAGAGUCCAAGAUAGACAGGAAGAAGUCCCACUACAGCCAGCUUUCCAAGAGCAACAGUCAGUACCAUAAAAUAUUUAAGGAGAUCAGCAAAGAGGAGCAGCUCCGACAGAGUUACACCUGCGCCCUGCAGAAAGACAUCCUGUACCAGGGCCGGAUGUUCGUCUCCGAUCACUGGAUCUGCUUCCACUCCAAGGUUUUUGGCAAAGACACCAAGAUUGCCAUCCCAGUGAUGUCCAUCACCAACAUCAAAAAGACCAAAACCGCCAUCUUGCUGCCAAACGCUCUGGUGAUCGCCACCACCAACGACAGAUACGUGUUCGUCUCCUUCCUGUCCAGAGACAACACCUACAAGUUCCUGACGUCACUCUGUCUCCACCUAGAGGGCAGGAGUCCGUGCAGCAGCCCGGUUCCUUCCUCAGCUCCACACAGCUUCAGAGGUCAGAGGUCGCCGCUGUUGACCCCAUUUCCUAUCAGUGAUUUUGUGGACCUGGACGGAGUCGUGAGGCAGAGACGGCAGGAGCUGGAGGAAAACAGCAGCUCCGACUCUCCGGCUCCAGACUACGAUAAGAUAACCGACCUGCCCAUCCCUCACUUCCUGGACGCCCUGAAACAAAAAGGUAACUCGCCUUCUCCGGAGCAGAAGCACAAAGUGAAGAAGCAGCAUCAGAACCAGCAGAGCGGCACCAAGAAGUCACAGAACUCGCUCCGGUCCAGUUCAGAGGUCGUGUUUGACAGCAGAGUCAUGAAAACUGUUUCUCUCAACACUCUGCUGAUUAUCUACAUGUUUCUGUAAGAUUCAUUCAUUAUUUUAUUCAAAUUAAUGUUUCACUGAUUUGUUUACUAAAUAUUCACACAGAGAGAGAAUAAUAAUGGGUCCCGAUGGUGAAGUUACAGAACCCAG